AUGUCUGAGUACUGGAAAUCCCAGCCUCGCAAAUUUUGCGAGUACUGCAAGUGUUGGCUGGCGGAUAACAAACCGAGCAUCCAAGCCCACGAGUUUGGCACACGGCACAAAAACAACGUUAUUGCCAAAAUCCAGGAGGUUCAGAAGAAGGGUCAGAAGGAUUACGAAGAGAACAAGCGUUUAGAGCACGAUUUCAAGCGCAUGGAGCGGAAUGCAGCACUUGCUUACGAGAAGGAUCUGGAAAGACUACACAACGAGAGAGUGUCGAAAUUGAGGGAUGAAGAAACCACUCUUCGUCAAGAGAUUGACGAGGAAGACGCCGAGAUUGCUCGUCAAGAAGCCAGGGUUGAAGAGAUCACUGAGCAACUCGCUGAAUCCAAAUCCGAGUGGUUUGAAGCUAAAACCGAAGAAGGGUACUCCUACUUCUGGAACGUGAAAACUAAAAAAACGGUUUGGGUUGCCCCGGAAGAAGGAUACGUAAGUCUGGAAGAACAAGAGUCCAUUUUGAUUGAAGAAAAUGCAGGUGGUGAAUCUGGUGAUGCACCUGAGACUGAACCUAAGGAGGAAAUCGCAGAACAAGAUCUAUUUCACUUUUAA